AUGGCGAUUGAAUCAACUGAAGCACUUCACGUAGUGAUGUUCCCAUUUUUUGCAUUUGGUCACAUAAGUCCCUUCGUUCAACUAUCUAAUAAGCUUUCUCUUCAUGGAAUCAAAAUCUCUUUCUUGUCAGCUGCUGGUAACAUUUCACGCAUUAGAAACACACUGAAGCUCAAUCCUAGUGCCCAAAUAAUUCCUCUCUCAAUCCCACAUGUUGAAGGUCUCCCACCUGAUCUACAAAUCACCUCCGAUAUGACACCAGCCAUGGCAGAACUCGUUAAGUUAGCCAUAGAUCUCAUGCAACCACAAAUCAAGAUUAUUUUAUCGGAACUCAAACCCCAUUUUGUCUUCUUUGAUUUUGCACAAAAUUGGCUACCUCACCUAGCCUCACAAUUUGGCAUCAAAUCAAUUUCCUUCUCUGUUUUUGCCGCCCUUACAGGUUCUUACAUUAUGGUCCCUGAAAGGCGAAACAACCACUCCACCGAUGUUCUAAUUAAGCCUCCAACAGGGUUUCCUGCUACUUCCAUUACCUCUCUCAGAGAGUUUGAGGGUAAAAACCUCCAAUACGUAUUCAUGAACUUCGGCGGCCCUUGUGUUUAUGACAGAGUCUUAGAUGGGCUAAACAACUGCGAUGCCGUUGUCAUAAAAACCUGUAAUGAAAUAGAACGCCCGUACGUAGAUUUCCAGAGAAGCAUUUUUCAAAAGCCGGUUCUUUUAACUGGUCCUCUCGUCCCAGAGGCACCAUCUGGGGAGCUUGAAGAGACAUGGGCUAAGUGGCUCGGUCAGUUUGCCACAAAGUUAGUAAUAUUUUGCUCCUUUGGCAGUGAAACAUUUCUCAAUGAUGACCAGAUAAAUGGAGUGGCUCUGGGCUUGGAACUCAGUGGGUUACCAUUUAUUCUGGUCCUAAAUUUUCCUGCUAAUGUGGAUGCCCAAACUGAGUUGCUCCGUGCUCUACCAGAAGGGUUCAUUGAUAGAGUAAGAGACAGGGGAAUUGUGCACACAGGGUGGGUGCAACAACAGCUGAUUUUAGCACAUAAUAGUGUUGGUUGUUAUGUCUGUCAUUCAGGAUUUACUUCAGUGAUAGAAGCUAUAAUGAAUGAUUGCCAAUUGGUUCUUUUGCCUUUUAAAGGUGACCAGUUCUUCAACGCCAAGCUCAUAGCUGGGGAACUGAGGGCUGGGGUGGAGGUGAAAAGAAGAGGAGAGGAUGGGCAUUUUAACAAAGAGGAUAUAUUUGAGGCUGUUAAAACUGUAAUGGUGGAGAUUAACAAGGAGCCGGGUUUGUCUAUUGCAGGAAAUCAUCAGAAAUGGAGAGAAUUCUUUUCGAAUGAGGGGAUUCAGAAUAAGUAUAUUGAAGAUUUGGUGAAGGAACUCAAAGUGCUUCUUGCUGUUUAAUCGUAGCAAUGACGUUGUUGUCUCGUACUCUUUAUCUUGUAUCUGUUUUUGUACUUAAUAAAUCCCUGUUUGAGCUCGCAAUAAAAUUAAAUCACAUUUGUGAUGUGAGUUUCAUUUAA